AUGAAGAGAAAUUUUAGUGAUUGUUUAGAAAGUCUACCCUCUCCCGAGUAUUCGGAACCAGAAUAUCAAGUUUUAUCAAGUCCCAAAAAGACGCGAGUUAUAACGAGAUCACAUGAGUUUAUUGAUGGAUUAGAAGGUUCAAUGCUGGAUUUUGUUAAUAAAGAUGGUUCUAUAACGAAGAAACGAUUAAACUUAGAUUAUAAUCAUCCAAAACAUCUUGUGGUUGUGUUUUUCGGUGUUAUUAAUGAAUUUUUGGAUCCAAUAAAUAAAUCAUAUGAGAAAUUAACCAAGGUAUUCAAUUCAGAAGUCAUUGCAAUAUCAUCAAAUGUAUCCAAAAAUAAUUAUGCCUUCCCUUUGAUUAAUGGAUCUAAAAUAUCUAAAAAGUUCAAUGUUUUAGAUCCCAUGGGAGGUGGUGUUUAUCCGAGAGAUGUUAUAAUGAUCUUUGAUAAAGAAGGUAAUAAAAGAGUUGAAAUACCCGUGACUUUGUAUAAUAAUUACUUAUUGGAUAAACCAAUAGUGGAAGUUUUAAUGGAUUAUUUGGAAGAAUUGGAAAGUGAAGUUAUGACGUUAUAA